AUGGGUUACCGCCAGCAGAGCGAUCCCCAUACGCGAAAUGGCGAAUGGACUGGGCAUAUUUCUCACAUCUGUUUUAUCGGUGCGGGCUACGUUGGCGGACCAACCGCGGCAGUUAUAGCGAGCCGGUGCCCUGAUGUCCAGGUCACCGUCGUCGACCGUAAUGUAGAACGUAUCAAGGCCUGGCAGUCGGAUGAACUGCCUGUUUGCGAGCCUGAUCUCCUCGAUGUGGUUAAAUUUGCUCGCGACUGGCAGAAAAACCUACAUUUUACAACGCAGCUAGAGGAGAGUAUCAAAAUAGCCGAUGCCAUCGUGAUCAGUGUUGAUACGCCAACCAAGGCGCGGGGUGGCGGAUCUGGCUACGCGUUGGAUACUGCUCGAUUCGAGGAGGUUGCCAUAUCUAUUGCGAAUUUCGCUGAGACCGACAAAAUCGUGGUUGAAAAAAGUACAGUCCCCGUCGGGACAGGUCAGAUCAUAAGAAAGGUUCUCGAGGCCAACGCAUGUAAAGGCGUCAAGUUCGAAGUAUUAUCUAAUCCUGAAUUCUUGGCAGAAGGGACUGCUGUCCAAAACUUGCGCUUCCCCGAUCGCAUCCUUAUCGGAUCACUAAAGACCCAGAGCGGCCUUCUCGCAGCCGAAGCUUUGUCCGAUGUUUAUGCAACUUGGGUACCGCGCGCGCACAUUAUCACAAUCAAUUUGUUCUCGGCAGAGCUGUCCAAAUUCGCCGCCAACGCACUGCUAGCGCAAAGGAUUAGCAGCAUGAAUGCUCUGAGUGUGAUAUGUGAGGCAACGGGGGCAAAUGUCCAGGAGGUCGCCCAAGCAGUGGGUAGCGAUAAACGGAUCGGCCCUCACAUGUUACGAUCAUCGUUCGGAUUUGGUGGAUCUUGCUUCAAAAAGGACAUCAAAAGCCUUGUGUACCUCUGUAAAAGCAUCCACCUGGACGAUAUUGCUGCGUACUGGGAAAGCGUCUUGACCAUCAAUACAAAUCAAAAGCUGCGGUCAGUUGCACGGAUUGUGUCAAGGUUCAACAACAACAUGGAGGGAAAGAUAAUAGCGGUUCUCGGAUUUUCCUUCAAAGAGAACACCGCAGACACGAGGGAGACUUGUGCCAUCGAUCUGGUCAACGGACUCCUCCGUGAAGGGGCAAGGGUCAACAUCUAUGAUCCUUGGGUCAGGGAACAGCAGAUAUACGGCGAUCUAGGGAUCAAUAAAGAUGAUAGCCUUUUGAAAGUUUGCGGUUCGGGCGAAGAAGCCUGCGGCGGUGCCCAUGCUGUUUUGGUCGCAACGAACUGGGACCAGUUUCGCGUCAUACCUCAAACUCCUGCAAUGAGUUCAUGCGUCAAUGGAGCCGACGGUGGCCCAGGUGCUGAUAGUGUUGCCGCAACUGCUGGCAGUAGCGGGGUAGCAACCCCCUCGUCUUCAAGCACUAAGUCAACAAAUGUCCCGAACAGAGUUUCGGACGUCUUCGAGCAGGACCGUUGCGGCUUGCUGGAGAAUGGGUUUAAAACCCACGUUUCGUCUUCCAUUACUUUUGGGACUGCUGGGAACUGCAAUCGUAGCGCAGGUGUCGAAAAUGCGUUUCUAGAUUGGAAUCACCUGGCGAAAGUCAUGAAACUUCCUCGAUUCGUGUAUGGCAGUGGAGCGUGCCUGGAUAGGGCUGUGCUUGAAAACAUGGGUUUUGAAGUCGAGAUUAUCGGAAGCCAGCGACAAUACUAG